UCGAGAUCACUGGCUUACUGCUAUAUUAUAAAUAAUCUAUGUUACUGGACUUCAAAAUAGCUGAUUAACGUGCAUAAAUUGUGAUUUCAAAAGAUUUGCACAUUUGCAUACAAACAAACUGUUCAUUUAUCAAAAUGUCAGAAGCAAAAAUACAAGAGAUAAGAAGCGAUAUCGAAGAGUUCAAUGAUCUGUUAAAGCAAGCUAAACGUAAGAAAGUACAGGAUUUACUCUCCUUGGAGAUCAGAAAACUUGAGACAGAACUAAUAACAUUAAAAGAAAAGGAAACUUUGACGCCCAUGGAAGUAUCACCAAUACCCACAACAAGUACAUCAGCUCCAGUGCAAAAGAAGUAUCAAGUCAAAUUGAAUGUAUAUGGUUGGGACCAGUCAGAUAAAUUUGUUAAGGUAUUUGUUGAACUAAAGAAUGUUCAUACACUACCAAAGGAACAGGUAUAUUGUAAAUUGACAGAUAAAUCAAUGGAGCUGCAUGUGGACAAUCUGGAAAAUAAAGAUUACUUGCUUGUUAUUAACAAGUUAUUGGAACCUAUAAAUGUGGCAGACAGUCAUUGGAAACAAAAAACAGAUAAGGUAGUGAUAUUCCUUGCAAAAUCUAAUCCAAACACAACAUGGUCUCAUAUGACUGAAAUUGAAAAAAAAUUUGAAGACCAACGUAAUAACCGCUUGAAACCUGCCGAAACUGACAAGAAAGAUCCACAAGAUUCCAUAAUGAGUCUCAUGAAGAAUAUGUAUGAAACUGGUGAUGAUGAAAUGAAGAGAAUGAUCUCCAAGGCUUGGUAUGAAGGACAGCAGCGUAAGAAAACUGAUAUAAUGGAUUUAUAAACUAAACUCAGCAUAAAUUCUGAAUUGUAUUCUGUUAAGCAGUAAAGAAAUCGUGUAUUAUUAAAAAGAUUCA